CCUUCCGGCGGCUCCCGGCGCCCACCCCAGAGCGAGGCUCCUUCCCGCGCGGGCCGCUCGCUCCUCGGAGCCCGGGGGAACAUGGCCUCGGCCCUGGAGCAGUUCGUCAACAGUGUCCGGCAGCUCUCGGCGCAAGGGCAGAUGACUCAGCUUUGUGAGCUGAUCAACAAGAGCGGGGAACUCCUUGCAAAGAACUUAUCCCAUCUGGACACUGUGCUUGGGGCUCUGGAUGUACAGGAGCACUCCUUGGGCGUCCUUGCUGUUUUAUUUGUGAAGUUUUCUAUGCCCAGUGUUCCUGACUUCGAAACAUUAUUCUCACAGGUUCAGCUUUUUAUCAGUACUUGUAACGGGGAGCACAUUCGAUAUGCAACAGACACGUUUGCUGGGCUUUGCCAUCAGCUAACAAAUGCCCUUAUGGAAAGAAAACAGCCCCUGCGAGGAAUUGGCAUCCUCAAGCAAGCCAUAGACAAGAUGCAGAUGAACACAAACCAGCUGACCUCAGUACAUGCCGAUCUCUGCCAGCUUUGUUUGCUGGCAAAAUGCUUUAAGCCUGCCCUUCCAUAUCUUGACGUGGACAUGAUGGAUAUUUGUAAAGAGAAUGGAGCCUACGAUGCAAAGCACUUUUUAUGUUACUAUUAUUAUGGAGGCAUGAUCUAUACUGGGCUGAAGAACUUCGAAAGAGCACUCUACUUUUAUGAGCAGGCUAUAACUACCCCUGCCAUGGCGGUCAGUCAUAUCAUGUUGGAAUCAUAUAAAAAGUAUAUUCUAGUUUCUUUGAUAUUACUUGGAAAAGUACAACAGCUACCAAAAUAUACAUCUCAAAUUGUGGGUAGAUUCAUUAAGCCUCUUAGUAAUGCAUACCACGAGUUAGCACAAGUCUAUUCAACCAACAACCCCUCAGAACUCCGAAACCUGGUGAACAAGCACAGCGAAACGUUUACUCGUGACAACAACAUGGGGCUGGCGAAGCAGUGCUUGUCCUCUCUCUAUAAGAAGAACAUUCAGAGGCUGACCAAGACCUUUUUAACACUAUCAUUACAAGAUAUGGCAAGUCGUGUGCAAUUAUCUGGACCACAGGAGGCAGAAAAAUAUGUCCUGCACAUGAUACAUGGCUCUCCCAGAACAGACCUGUCCUGGCCCAGGACAGCCGGUCUGCAGGAAGCUGGCAUCUGCAUGUGCUGCUCUGACCUCCCCUGUGGCUCAGAAGCCUGCCACAUCAGGAUGAGGAGGAAUACAACUGUUUUCCAUUGGAUAGUGGAGUAGUUUAUUCCCAUAGUCCAAUUUGCAAAUGUUUUGAGAUUUUUUUUCCCUUCAAAACACUCAUCCCAAACAAAACUUAUCUGACUUAACCAACCUGGGAGUGUCUGCUAAGAGCACCUUGCUAACCCUGUGGGAAGCCACAGAGCCUCCCAGGGGUAAGAAGAAACACAUGGGUGGUGAUGACCCAGCCAGGACAUAGGCAUCAGCAAAAUGCUUUGAGGGGUCAGAGAGCGGGACGGGUUUUGAACACUGCCUAACCAACCCAGACACAGCCUGUCAGGCCUGGGUCCGCAGGGGGUGUUUUGUGUGCCAGUGGACAUUUGGCAAGGCCUGCAGACAUUUCUGGUUGCCUCCCCUAGGCUGUCCCUACUUGCGUCUAGUGAGUAGAGGCCAAGGAUGCUCUUGAAUGUCUUAAAUGCAUGGGAGAGCCACGCAGCAACGCAUCCGCUGGCCUGAAGUGCCAGUACUGCCGAGCUCGGAAAAGCCUGGCCUGGGUGUUAGUCCAUGAGGGCGUGACUUUGUUUAGAGCAGAUUGAAAUUCAAAACAAAAUUGUGGGGAAGAUACAGAGAUUUCCCAUUAACCCCUGUCCCCACACAAGCACAGCCUCCCCCAUUGUCAUCCUCCCUCACCAAAGCGGUGCAUGUGUUACAGCAGAGGAGCCCACAUGGACACACCAUCGCCGCCCAGAGUCCAGGGUUUGCGUUGGGUUCGCUCUUGUACAUCCUGUGGGCUUGGACAAUGUGUAACUCACAUACCCAUCAUUAUGGUCUGACCCGGUAGUGUCCCGGCCCUACACUCCUGCUGUGCUCUGCCUGUGCAUGUCCUCUUCUCCACCCCUGGCAGCCACUGCCCUCACUCCCACAGCUCUGCCGGCUCCACAAGGGCCUCUGGGGGGGCUCACACAGGGGCAGCCUCCCCUGGCUGCUUCCCUCGGGAUCGGCAGGGCUUGACAGCUCAUCUGUUCGCAGUGCUGAGCAACAGCCCACGGUCUGAUAUGGUCCAGUUUACUCAUUCAUCUUGGCUGCUUUCAAAUAUAAAUAAAACUGCUAUAAACAUCCUUGUACAGGGUUUUGUGUGGACAUAAGCUUUUGACUCGAUUUAGUAAAUACCAAAAAGUGUGAUAGCUGGACCAUAUGGUAAGAGUGUCUAAAUGCCAUCGCCAUACCCAGGGCAUCUAGGAUUUCUCCUGUGUUAUCUUCCAGGAGUUUCAUAGUUUCGCAUUGACCUUUAGGUCUGUGACCUGUAAUUUCUGUGGAGGGUGUAGGUCUGUGUCUAGGUUCUUUCUCUGCAUGUGGAUUGCAGUUGUUUUAGCUCCCUUUGUAGAAAAGGCUGACUUUGCUAACUACUUUGUUCUUUUCAAAUCAGCACGGAGAUAGAAAUUUUGAGUUUCUUCUCUUUUUCUUUUUUCUGUAACUAGUAUAGCAAGCACUGGUUUGUGUGUUUUGUUUUUUGAAUAAAAUAAUAAAAACAAAAGAUAGGCCGCUGUGGUCUGCAUGACAUCAGUAAGCAAAUGGUGAUACCAGAGCAAUGUGUACCCCAGUGUGUGUUGCCAUAAUUUGCAGUUCGGCUUAACAGUGCACCCAGUCUGUAUUUGCAUUUUGACAUUAUUUAAGCUCUCUGUACAGUGUUUUGCAUGUAUUUAUAUGGUUCUUGGGGGGGGGGAAUGCUAUAAACUGACAAAUCUGAAAUUCAAAUAUGUUGUUCCACUGAGACAGGAAGAGUAGGAGUUUGAAAAGAUGGAAAAAAGGGAUAAUUUUUUGGAACCAAUAAAACUUGUUGCUGAUGAGCAGAA